UAGUUCUGUAGCGCUGUCACGUGUUAGCGCAAGUGCUACAAGCGCUGUCAGACACUAACCAAGACCUCCAACUGCCUCCUGCGGUUGCUGCGGUGUAACCACACAAAUUGACGUCAACGAGCGAACUAUCCAGUUGAAACCUUGGUGAAUUGAUCACCGACGAUGCUAAGAAUUGUACAGGACUAUCGUAAGACAGCCCACCUUCAAGACGAUGAACAGAUACUCCUCAUCUUUAUUGAAAAGUUAGAAUGAAACACAUAAGCAUCCACAGCGUGCGCUGUAGAUAGGCUACUAGAGCGGCAACAUACCCGAAUCAGUCUCGGAGCUGUAAAGGCUGACCGACGCGCUCAUCGUCCUCGGAACUGGUGUCACAGGCUACAUCACACUAACAAUGUGCCUCCAGGAUGAUCCGUUUCUCCUGAAAGAUUUCUAAAAGUGCACCUCCAUACCAAAGCAUUUCAUCAGAGAAGUAGUGUCCAAAGAAAGCGGUAUCUCUCUGUGCGGGAUGGACACAGCCAAGGGGAGGUGGGCGCCCGAAAGCAGCCCCUCGCCCCCCAGAGCCCGGACUUCCUGCUGUCCCAGUCUGAAGAUAUUCCUCAUGGCCUUGUCCUUCGCAUACUUUGCCAAGGCGUUAUCUGGAAGCUAUAUGAAGAGCACAAUUACUCAGUUGGAAAGAAGAUUUGACAUUCCCAGUUAUUUGAUCGGCGUCAUAGACGGCAGCUUUGAGAUAGGUAAUCUGCUAGUGAUUGCCUUUGUAAGUUACUUUGGGGCCAAGCUUCACCGCCCAAAGAUCAUCUCAACUGGCUGUCUCCUCAUGUCACUGGGGACGUUCCUGAUUGCUAUGCCUCAUUUUAUCAUUGGCCGCUACAAGUUUCAGACAUCCGUAAGACCAGCCAUGAACACAUCAAGUUACCUCUCAGGAUACUGUCCAGCAAGCACACCUGAGCCCAUUCAGACAGGCAGCAGCCCCUCAGUAGUGCCCUCUGUUGGCUGUGAGAGGGAGUCCAGCCUCUCCAUGUGGGUGUAUGUCCUCCUGGGGAAUGUGCUGCGGGGCAUCGGUGAGACGCCCGUGCAACCACUGGGCAUCUCCUACAUCGACGAUUACGCCCACGCUGAAAACACAGCCCUCUAUAUAGGCUGUGUGCAGACUAUAGCCAUCAUUGGUCCAGUGUUUGGAUACCUGCUGGGAUCUCUCUGUGCUAAAAUAUAUGUGGAUGUGGGAUUUGUUGACAUGGACACCAUCACCAUCACCCCUAGCGAUGCGCGGUGGGUGGGAGCCUGGUGGCUAGGCUACCUGAUCGCAGGGGUCAUCACCCUGGCCUCGGCCGUGCCCUUCUGGUUCCUGCCCCGGGCGCUGCCGCCCCCGCAAGACCAGCACAAUGACGACAGCCCCCUGGAGCAGGCCAGCUUCCUGAAGGACGCCCCCACCAUCAAGCACAAGUACAUGCCAGACGAGCUCGCCAACUUCCACGAUAUGGCUAAAGAAUUCCUCCCUACAUUGAAGAGCCUGCUUGGUAAUCCUGUGUAUUUGACAUAUCUUUGUGUGACCAUCAUCCAGUUCAACUCGCUCAUUGGUAUGGUCACGUACAAGCCCAAAUACAUCGAGCAGCAUUAUGGACAGUCUGCCUCCAAAGCCAACUUUCUGAUGGGCAUCAUCAACAUCCCAGCCGUGGCCCUUGGAAUGUUCCUGGGGGGCGUCAUUAUGAAGAAGUUCAAGUUCGGCAUCCUGGCCGCCGCCAAGUUCGCCUUCGGGACCUCGUUGCUGGGCUACUUUCUCUCGCUGUUCUUCUUCGCCAUGGGCUGUGAGAACGCCAAGGUGGCAGGCGUAACGCUGUCAUACUCUGGCGAGGAUGUCUUGUCUUACAACGAGAGGUUUCUAUUCACCAACUGCAACUCAGCGUGCAUGUGCUCCGGGAAGGACUGGGACCCCGUAUGUGGAGCAGACGGCAUUACGUACGUCAGCCCCUGUUUGGCCGGCUGCACAGCCUCCAACGGAUCUGGGAAGGAGACGGUGUUUGAACACUGCAAAUGCAUCGGCACCGCUGGACCAGGUGCCCAGACCGGCAACCUGACAGCCAUUUUGGGCCACUGCCCCCACCGUAGCAGCUGUGACAGCAUCUUCCCCUACUUCCUGGGCCUGUCAGUCAUCACUUCCUUCAUCAUCUCCCUGGGGGGAACCCCUGGCUAUGUGCUGCUCAUCAGGUGCAUUAAGCCGCAGCUGAAGUCUCUCGCACUGGGGCUCUACACACUUUCCACUCGGACCCUCGCUGGAAUACCUGCCCCCAUCUAUUUUGGUGCCAUUAUUGACACCACCUGCUUGAAGUGGGGACAGAAACGAUGUGGUGGCCGUGGGGCGUGCCGAAUAUACAACACAUCAGCCUACAGGAUAGUGUAUCUGGGCCUGACGCUGGGUUUGCGGACCGUCUCCUUCUUCCUGUGCAUCCUGGGCUUCGUGCUGCUGAGGCGGCACGUGCGACGCGAGGAGCAGCAGGCGGCGCUGACCAAUGGCGGUGCAGAGACCGAGUGCCUCAGGAAGGAGGAGAACCACACGCUGCACUGCGAGCAGCUCCUGCGGACGCUGGACUGCAACCCCGACCGGGAGACGCGGCUGUGAUGGUCAGCACGGUUGCCACUCGUCCAUGUAAAUCUGUUUUUUUGGGGGGGGGUUUGUCUGUAUGUUUAUUUUUUGUUUGUUUGUUUCUUUAAAAAAAGCCAGUGGCCAUUCUGUACACACGCAGAGCAAACAUUUUAUAUAUUUGUACCAGACCCUUGUAGAUUUAUGUGAAAUAAACAAACAGUGUUUUUAAAAUGUGAUUGAAAUUCUUGAAUGUACUGUAUAUGCUGUGUUUUUCAAUGGAUUUACUGCCUAUUUUUUUAGCAAACAAUUAAUAACGUUAUUUGUUUGUUUUUGUUUUGAGUAUUUUGUAAAUGUGUUUGGUGUAGAUGCUGAUGUUUUUUAUAUUUGGAAGACAGUGUACAGGGUAUAGUGUUUACUAAACUUACUAAAGAUGCUCUGUUUUUUUUUUACUUGGGUAUGUUUCUUUCAAAGAUACAAUUCAUGCAAUAGUCUGCCAAAUAUCUCCUUACCAUGUAGGUCAUAGUCUGUAACUGCUUUUCCAGUGUUUCAAAGUCUUAAAUGGGGUAUUAACACCAACAAGCUUAACAGGACAAGAGUAAACUGGGUGAGUCAUAGCUACUCUCUAAUCUAAACACACAAAUUACAUCUGGCAAUGGAGACACAAAAUGCUAAAAUUACAUUGGAUGUCUUCUCAUUCAGCCAACACCGUAUGCUUAGCUCAAGAAUAUUAGCUAGCGGUGUGAGAGGUUCAUAACUUUUAAUGUCGGGGUGGGAGGUUUGGGUCUGUUUACACUGAUUUAUAAUUGGGAGCAUUCUCCUAUAUUAUGAUGAUGCUUACUGGUGUGUUCCCAUUUAGCCCUUUGGCAAACACUGGUAAAGCUUGGAGCAUUAUUAGUAACAAUAAGACAACCUUUGAAGUAUUGCUACAUGUACGUGUGUGUGUGUGUGCGUGCGUGCAUGUGUGCCUGCGUGUGUGUGAUGGAGAGAGAUUGAGAAAGAUGUACAAUGCGAUGUAAUCAACAUGCACUAACAGCUCAGGAAUCCAGUUCAUUUUCCUGUAUAAACACUACUGUUAGCUAUUAUGGGAUGGUUUUGCUUCAUCUCAGCUCCAACAAGAAACUAAAUAUCUUGACAUUACUAUCUUGUCAGGAUUUGCCUAGCAAAGAUCUCUUUACAUAUUAUAUACACAUACACAUAUUGUACACACAUACACAUAUUAUACACUGCAACAUGAGUGAGGUUCAUAACACAAGACAUAAUAGCUUUACAGGGCAUUUUAAUGUAUG